GUCACCUUGGAUACCAGACGCUGUGGCUACUCCGCUGGCUCAGCGAAGCUUUCCUCCAGCAACUGCCGACCUACCGGCGCAGGGCAGUGACGUCAUCGCGACACGCUACCGGGACGUUAGGAGGAUGGCAGGCGCUCCCGGGAGUAUGAGUGCCGUGCGGGAGACCAUGGACGUCCUUCUAGAAAUUUCAAGACUAUUGAACACUGGGCUGGAUAUGGAAACACUGUCAAUCUGUGUAAGAUUGUGUGAACAAGGAAUUAAUCCAGAGGCCUUGUCUUCAGUAAUAAAAGAGCUACGGAGGGCAACAGAAGCUCUGAAGGCUCCUGACAAUGUGGCAAGUUAGGGUGAGGAAGUUUGCUUGGUGAGACCAAAGCAGUCAAAAGUGAUAUAUUUUUAAAUCAAGCUUGGAAAGAUGAUGAUGGUCCAGUAACCUAACAACUCUGCACAACAAUCAUCUAUCCAAAAACGACAUGUCAUGCAUUAUGAACUGUGGACAUUUGUUUACUUUUUAUAGAUAUUUAUAUUUGUUGUGCCCUUGAAUCAUUUCAAUACACUUAAUUUGAUAGCAAGUUGCAUGUCAUUUCACUAUUAUUUAUUGUACAUGGGGAGAUCUUUCUACUCUGACAUGUUUUGAUCAAAAUUUGCCAUCAUUGAAAUCAAUUGCAAAGUGGAUGACAACGGCAUUUGUUUUGGUUUUACACAUUUUUUUUUAUUAAUGGAAGUGUAUGCAACAGAUCAGUUUAAUCAUCAUCAGGUUUACUGCAGUAAUCAUUGAUAUCUGUUAGAAUUUAAAACACUGUUUUACGGUGGUCUGUAUAGUGUGCUAAUAAAUGUCACCUUGUGUUUGGCCAGUCA